GUCACAAACAAAGUAUCUAAAUAAGUCAUUUGGCGUUUGCAGAAAUGGCCGAUUUGAUAGUCGUCCCGUUGAAAAAAUCAUCUGAUGUAGAUAUAGUGAAGCCUUUAAAAAACUUAAUUCAAUCCACAUAUAACACCGCAGAAACCAACGAAGAUUUUAGUGACGCUAUUAAUGAGCUGAGUCGACUCAGAAGUUACGCUAUAUGGAAAGUGUUUGAAAAGUCGUCAUUAGAUGUUAUUUACAGCUACUAUGAUCAACUUGUGUGUCUGGAGCGGAAGAUCCCGCCGCAAGAAGUGCAGAUCCCCUUCAAAUGGAAAGAUGCUUUUGACAAAGGUUCAAUUUUUGGUGGCAGGAUGAGUCUUACCAUCAGUUCCUUGGCUUAUGAACGAGUGUGUAUAAUGUUCAAUAUGGCAGCAAUGCAAAGUGCUUUGGCAGCACAACAGACUCUUGAUACAGAGGAUUCAUUGAAACUCGCUGCUAAGUUGUUGCAGCAAUCUGCCGGUAUCUUUGCCUACUUGAAGGCAAAUAUAAUGCUGGUAGUACAUCAGGAGCCCACGCCCGACCUUAGUCCUGAUACAUUAUCUACUCUCUCACAAGUGAUGCUGGCUCAGGCUCAGGAAGUCAUUGCAUACAAGUGCAUGAAAGACGAAAUGAAGGAGAGUAUGGUGGCGAAGGUGUGUGCGCAGUGUGAGGAGCUGUACACGGACGUAGUGCGCGCCCUGCAGAGAGACUCCAGGCAGUGGUUCGACCGCGACUGGCUCCUCACGGCUCAGAGUAAACAAUCGAUCUUCCGCGGUCUCGCGAACUACUAUCAGGCGCAGGUUUGUCGCGCGAACAAAUCGUUCGGGGAGGAGAUCGCCCGGCUCAAGGUUGCGGUGGAGCUGCUGAGGGCGGGGCGAGAGGGCAGCCCCGCGGCCGAGGUGGGAGUCAAGGCGGCGAGGCAGUUGGCUGCCGCCGAGAGGGACAACGACUUCAUUUAUCACGAGCGGGUGCCUGAGGCGCGCGCUCUGGAGCCGGUGUCGCGCGCUCCCGUGGCCUCGGCCCUGCCGCCUCAGGAGCGCUGGUCUCCCGGGCGACAGGAUCUGUUCGAGAAGCUGGUGCCUCUGGCCGUGCAUCAGGCGCUGCAGGCCACGGACGCACGCCGCGCCGACCAAGUCGGGGCGGAGAUCAACGCUCUUCGGGAGGACACGCAGAUGCUCAACAGCAUUCUGGCGUCCUUGGACCUGCCCGCCUGCAUCGAGGCGGCGGGUGGCGGCGGCGGACUGCCCGACUCCAUCCGAGCCAAGGCGGCGGCCGUCAGAGACGCGGGCGGACUCCCCGCCCUCGAGCGGCUUAUGGCCGAAUUACCGGAGCUGUUACAGCGGAACCGGGAGAUACUGACGGAGGCGGAGCGCAUGCUGAGAGAGGAAGCGGAAGCGGACGCGGCCUUGAGAACGCAGUUCGGGACGAGGUGGACGCGGACGGAGUCGGACAAGCUGACGGAAGCGUUCCGCGCCAACGCUUCGAAAUACGCGCAGAUCAUCGACAACGCCGUCCGCGCCGAUAGCAUCGUGCAGCAGAAAUUCCAUCAGCACAAAGAGAGUAUCGAGAUGCUGAGCCGCAGCGACCGAGAGAUAGGAGCGGACGUCCCCGACGCGCCGGACUCCGUGGCCACGGACGCGGACGCGCUGCGGACUCUGAGGACGCUCAUGCAGUCGGUCGAGGAGCUGAAGGCGGAGCGCGACGCCAUCGAGUCCGAGCUGAAGAGUGCGACGGUGGACCUCCGGGAACAGUUCAUGUCAGCGCUGGCCGCGGACGGUGCCGUGGACGAGGCGCGGCUGUCGGCGGGCGCGCUGGGCGCCGCUCUCGCCCCGCUACAGCGUCGCGCCGCCGCCGCGCGCUCUCGGCAAGAGGAGCUCGCGGGGCGGCUCCGGGAGGCACACGACGCCCUCAUGGCGGCCCGCGGGGGAGCCUCGGGGAGGGAGAGGGCCCUCACGAGACUCAGCGCGGCCGGGGACGCCUACCAGGACCUUACCAACAAUCUCAAGGAGGGCGUCAAGUUCUACAACGACCUCACUCAGCUGCUGGUGGCCUUCCAGAACAAGGUGUCGGACUACUGCUUCGCUCGCAAGACGGAGAAGGACGAGCUGCUGAAGGAUCUCACGCAGGAGGCGUCUCGCUCGUCCCCGCGACCCGCCCCCGCCCCGCCGCAACAUCACGUGGAGGCCAACGAGCCGGCCGUAGUGUCCAAGCGUGAGGCGCCUCCCCGACCUCCCCCGCCCGCCGCCACGCCCGCCGUGUCCGCGCCAUCGCUGCCCUACCCGCAGCAACCUCAAGGCAUGCCGCUGCCGUACGGUGCGGCGCCGUCUCCGUAUCCGGUGUACGCCCCGAUGCCGGCCAUGUACAACCCGUACGCGACGCUGCCGUACCCGCACCACCGCGGCGCCGCGCCAUCGUACCAGCCCUACCAGUACCCCCCUCCGGCGGCCGCCUACCCCCCGCCGCCGCCCGCCGGGUACAACCCCUACCAGCAGCAGUAGUGGCGCCGCUGGGCCGCUUUCUUUUCUCCAGCACUCGCUCGUAAUCAUUUGACACGGUCCGGCUUAGUUCAUAGAGUCGGGUGCUGCUCGGUCGACCUGCUGUUUGAUCGUCUUUGAAUAUUCCCUUCGCAUGUUAUGGUUGUUAGUGGCGACCGCGCGCGCCGCGGCCGGUGUGCCGGACUCUGCGCUCGCGGCCGCUCAUGUAAUAUGUAUAGUUAAUAUAUAUUUUAUGACGGAUGCGGAGUGUAAACUUGUAAAGAAUGUCCAAAUGCUUUAAACAAAUCGAUUUGUUGCGAACGGUUCGAUUGAAUUUAUCUGCAUUUGUAAGUGUUGAUAUGACGAGAAGUUUAAGGUUUCAAGGUAUAUUGUUGAUAUGUAAGCUAACCCCCUCAUAGAUCACAUGCUAUUGUACUAAAAUAGAUAUUAUUAUAAUGGUGCGAUAAAAAUAUUACAUUUGUAUCAACGAACAGCUCGCAGCCGCGCGCUGGCGGCUUACACACCAGUUCUAACACGAACUUGUGGUUCAUUAUUAUUGAAAAAGCGUAAUUAUCUCCAAAGUUUAUUCGUUUUAUCAUUUUAUGUUAUCUUUAAUAUAUUAUUAGAUAAAAUAUUUUUUUAAUCUA